AUGGCAAAGUUUCUCGCAACAAUUAAAGCCAUCCUUACACGGGUUAUUUUUGGUGCUCACGGUCUCCUCGCGAUCUGGCAGUGUGUUAUUAGUAAAUCUAAUCAAAUCUGGUGGCUCCUCUCAGCUCCCAUUCUCCUCCUCGUGAUGGAGGCAAUCUUCACGCUGACGAUUAAGAAGAACCAAGAAUGGAGAUGGUUCUGCCCAUCAGUGUUUUUGUACCUCAGCAGUGUAGUUCCGGCCAUUUGGCUGUUGGAGCUGGAAAAGAUGGAGCGGAGGUUGAAGUUAAUUGUAGAUGAGAUUCCCAUCCAAGCGCCCAAUUUCAAGCAUCUGGGUAAAAUUCUUGGCACGCAAUUCAAAAUUCCUGAAAUAAAGGUGGACACUGGAACGUGGAUAAUGCUUAUUGAGCAAUUUCUCAUGCUUAUCCUAAUUGUUGGUCGCUGGAUGCUGCCCAAGGGCGACCUAACCAGAGAUCAGUUGAGCCAACUGCUAUUGGUUUAUAUUGGCACUGCUGCAGAUAUCAUUGAGUUCUUUGACUCAUUUAAGGACAGUACUAUUGCUAAUGAUCGUUUGCUUGUACUUUUGACCCUGGGGAUUUGGUCCUGGAGUCUUUUGCAAUUUACUAUUGUCUUAUCAGCUACGAGAGCGAGGAAACCACGAGGAUCUGGAGGAGGAAUGUCCACAUAUGAUCAUGAAGUUGGCUGCUGCUGUUGCAGUUGCUGCAGCAUCGAUGCAUGGGGCAUUGCUCUCAAUAUCCUUCUCCAGGAUGCACCUUUCCUUGCAUUCCGGCUCCUCAUCAUCAUUCACUACAACGUCAUCUCCUACAUGAAUGUCUUCUUUACGUGCAAGAACACUCUAGUAAUUCUCCUUCAGCUCUACAGAUUGUACGUUGUGCAUACGGAAAAUAGGAAGAUGAAGGCAAACAGGAGGCAUCAGGAGAGACGGAUGAAUGACAUCUAUGUAAUUUCUGGUAGCAAACAUAACGAAGGCAAGAGAAAAAGUCGAAGGAAUGUCGAAAGUGAUGGCAGUGAAAUUGAGGAGAAGCACGAAAAUGAGAGACGAAGGACUAAAAAUAGGCAUGUGUCAUCUGGCAAAAAAGACACUGGAUACUCAACUGCAAGCUCCCAGACAACACUGACAUCCAAAUCCAAUGAAGAGUCUCAUCGUGGCUCAAGAAUGAGCGGCAGAAUGAAAAAAUCCAACCACAAGAGUGACUUAUCGCCAGCUCGAGGCUCAAAGUCGAAAAGAAAGCAUACAAUUGACAAUGACAAGAAGCACCGUCGAAGAUGCGAAUCCGCGGAUUACGAAAAGAGUCGUGGAAGGAGAAAGCAUCGAAGGGAUGUGGAACCGCUUAAAGAGGAGGAUUCUAAAUCCAACAUCAGUGAGGAUUCCAUCCACUUUAAAGUGGUCAAUGAGAAAAAGUCCAAAAAGAAGCAGAAGUUGUCUGUGUCCUCAGAAUCCGAAACUUCAGCCACUCAGUGAGAUACUUUGAUCAUAAAUAUUCAACAGUUUGCAAAGGAAAGAAUGAUGAGAAAUUCAUUAUGAUGUCAUUACACUCUGCGGAUGGUAGCUACAUAAUAACAUUUUUCAUCCUUCCUAGAACAAAAAAACAGCAAUACUUUAUCCGUUCCUAAAAAGGUGUAGAAUGUAUAAAUUCUGUGGAUUUUUUUAGGGCUCGUUGUUCAAAUUCAAAGAUUUAGAGAAAAUCAAUGUGACUUCAGUUUUUUGUGCCUUCCAGAUUUUAAAUAGAAUAUAUUUCUUUCUUACUUUUUUAUCGCCAAUUGUUGCAAAAGUUGUAGAAC